AUGGGCUGUAGGCAAUCCAACAUAGUGCAUCCGGUAAAUAAAACCAAGAAACAAGAAGUUAACGAUGAAGGUGGUACAAUAGAUGAUACUGAUAUUGCACAACCCAAUACCUAUUCAGAUGAUGAUAUUAUCAUUUCGAAAUUUCUUAGUUUAAAAGAUCGUAUUAACAUUCAAGUUGCUGACUCACAAGCAUUUAACAAGUCAUUUAUUCACCAACGCCAGCAAGCAGUGAACAAUACUUUGUACCGAAAAACUAUCGAAUCGUGGAAACCAAAUUCACUUCAACAACUUGUUCAAAUGAUAAAAUCACUUUCUAAUGGAAAAUCCAGAAUCGAUCAGCAUUGGAUUAUAUUUUAUUGGAUUGCACAUAAUAUUGCAUAUGAUACAGUAUCAUAUUUUACAAAAAACUAUGCAGAUCAAUCAGCAGAAGGUGUAUUUCGAACAAAAAAAGGUGUUUGUGCUGGUUAUGCUAAUAUAUAUAAAUACCUAUGUGAUCAACUACAAAUGCUGUGUGAGGUUGUUAGUGGAUAUGCAAAAGGAUAUGGAUUUGAUUAUCGGGAAGGUGCACCCACUGAGACAGACCAUGCAUGGAAUGCUGUUGAAAUUGACGGUCAUUGGUAUUUAAUAGAAUCAACAUGGGGUGCUGGACAUUUGAAUGAUAGCAAAGCCUUCGAACGUAAAUUUAAUGGUUAUUAUUUUCUAGCACGUCCAAAUGAAAUGAUAUAUGAUCAUUUACCGAAAGAUGAAAAAUGGCAAUUAUUAGAAAGAUCAAUUAAAAUGGAUGAAUAUAUGCAAAUGCCAAAACUUCAUCCAUCUUAUUUUGAACUUAAUCUUGAAUUAAUUAAUCCAUAUAAUCGAGCUCAUGUCGAUCUUCUUCCUGAUAGACCUUAUGCAUUAGUUCUGAUACGUGUACCAUCUGAUGUACAACUUAUGGCUGAUUUAAAACUAAAUGGUAAAGAGAUAGAAGGUGCUGAUCGUGUCAUAUUCGAUAGACAAAAACAAAUCUAUUGUUGCUAUUUUGCUCCAAGUAAUAUUGGUAAACAUAAGAUAACAGUUUAUGGAAAACGAAAUGAUUCAGAAAGUAGUACGUACAGCUCAGCUCUUGAAUUAGUUAUGAAUGUCAAAAAAAUUCCAAUACCUCAUAUAUCUUAUCCGCAUACAUGGCAAUCUUUCUAUGACUUCGGUCUAAAAGUAAUAGCACCAAAAGAUCGUGCAAAUGCUGUUUGGAAUGAUAAUGGGUCGUAUGCAGAAAUUCUUAUGGAGGGACCAGAUGAUGUUCAGCUGUCAUGUGACAUUCAGUAUAAUGAUGUUAAAAUUAAAAAUGGAUCAUUAGCACAAUUUAACAAUGACAAAAAGAUUUGGCAACUUCUGUUUGCACCUGAACGAACAGGUUAA